AUGCCGCCAGGCUUUGAGCUCAUCUCUGUCACCUCGAACAUUUCUCGGCCUCCAAUCGGCUCCAUCAAGACCGCUCUCGCGAUGGAUGUCCCGAGUUCAGAUACCACAUUCGAAGUGAUUGACCACCAAUAUGACGCCGUGGUAGUCGGUGCAGGAGGUGCGGGACUUCGAGCUGCUGUUGGCCUUGUGGAGAGCGGACUCGACACGGCUGUUGUGACCAAAUUGUUCCCAACAAGGUCUCACACAGUGGCCGCCCAAGGAGGGAUAAAUGCUGCCCUAGCGAAUAUGCAUGAGGAUGACUGGAGAUGGCACAUGUACGAUACGGUCAAAGGGUCAGAUUGGCUGGGUGACCAAGAUGCAAUCCAUUACAUGUGCCGCGAGGCGCCAAGAGCCGUGAGAGAACUCGAAGAAUAUGGAAUGCCAUUCAGUCGCACCGAGCAAGGCACGAUUUAUCAACGACCACUGGGUGGACAAAGCCUGAAUUACGGCACCGGCGGACAGGCCCACAGGACUGCGUGUGUGGCUGAUCGAACCGGCCAUUCUAUGCUGCAUACAUUGUAUGGCCAGGCCCUCAAGCAUAACUGCCAGUUUCAUAUUGAGUGGUUUGCGCUAGACCUGAUCAUGGACGGCAAGAAUUGCAUUGGGUUGACGGCGCUGGACAUGGAAACGGGCACCUUUCACCGCAUCUUUGCCCGUAACACGAUCCUUGCCACCGGUGGCUAUGGUCGCUGUUACUUUAGUGCAACUUCAGCACAUACCUCAACCGGAGAUGGCUUAGCAAUGGCUGCAAGAGCGGGCCUCCCCCUUCAGGACAUGGAAUUUGUACAAUUCCACCCCAGCGGCAUUUACGGCGCUGGCGUCCUGAUUUCCGAGGGCGCCAGAGGCGAGGGGGGAUAUCUGCUAAAUGGCGAAGGAGAGCGUUUCAUGGAACGCUAUGCCCCCACAGCCAAAGACCUUGCAAGUCGAGAUGUCGUCAGUCGGAGUAUGAACAUGGAGAUCAGAGAAGGCCGUGGCUGUGGUCCGAACAAGGACCACAUCUUCCUCCAGCUGUCACAUCUGCCAAGAGAGAUCCUCAUGGAACGACUACCAGGCAUUGCAGAGACAGCCAGUAUCUUCUCCGGCGUAGAUGUAACCAAGCAGCCUAUUCCUGUUUUACCAACUGUACACUACUGUAUGGGAGGCAUACCUACCAACUGGAAAGGCCAAGUCCUGGAUGUGAACCCGAGCACGGGAGAAGAGACCGCUGUCAAUGGUCUAUAUGCGGCUGGAGAGGUUGCUUGUGUCUCGGUGCAUGGCGCUAAUCGCCUGGGAGCAAACAGCUUGUUAGAUAUUGUCGUUUUCGGCCGCGCUGCUGCUGGCCACAUCGCUGAAAACAAUGAGAAAGGAAUGCCAUUCCUCAGGAAUGGAGGCAGCGUCUCGCCAGAGACAGGGAUUGAGGGGUUUGUUGACCUGGAACACCUGCGAGAAGCAGAUGGAAAGAAAUUGACCGCCGAGCUCCGUGCCGACAUGCAAAAGAAUAUGCAGAACGACAUAGCGGUCUUUCGCACGGAAGAAAGUCUGACGACAGGCCUGGGAAACCUGCAACAAGUGGAAAAGGACUUCAAUGCGGACGUCUGCGUGAGAGACAAGAGUCUUAUCUGGAACUCCGAUCUCGUCGAGACAUUGGAGCUGCGUAACCUUCUGACCUGUGCUGCACAAACUGCCAAAAGUGCUCUCGAGAGAAAGGAGUCACGGGGCUCUCAUGCUCGCGAGGAUUUUCCAGAAAGAGAUGAUCAGAGGUUCAUGCGCCAUUCCCUCAGCUGGCAGAAGGAUGUCGGUCAAGACAUAGCCAUUGGCUAUCGGAAUGUGAUUUUCUCCACACUCGAUGAGAAGGAGUGCCAGACUGUGCCGCCGAAGAAGAGAUCAUAUUGA